GAUACUCCCCGGUAAGGGCGGGCCUUCGCACCCUCUUCCCUGUUCCGUUCCCCCUCCUGACGGCACCGGGGAUGACGCACGUCCGGCGCGGUCUAUGCACAGGCCCCGCCCCCGCAGCCAUGCCCGCCGGCGCGCCGUGGCCCACCUAUCUGCGGGCGCUGGCGGCCAGCAUGCUGGCCAUGUUCGCGGGGGCCGAGGUCGUGCACAGGUACUACAGGCCUGACCUUAGCAUACCUGAAAUACCUCCUAAGCCUGGAGAACUGAGAACUGAACUGUUGGGUCUAAAAGAAAGAUCAAGCGAAGUUCAGACUUCACAACACUGACCAGAGUUUAUUUUUGUUGUGAAAACUAGAACUGAUAAAAUAUUUAUCCAACUAUUUAAGUUCCAGAAAUACAUAUGUGAAAUACUGUG